AUGCUUUUGCGGCACACCACACAAUUCGACAGCCGACCACUCACUCCACACUCGAUGGCCUCUACUAUCUCACCAGCAGCCCGCCGGAACCGUCGCCGGCCUGUCAAAUCCACAGGGGUUGCGAGAGACGAUUCAGACGACGAGCUCGGUAUCGACGACCUUCCUUGGGAAUGGAUUUACGAAUCUACAGACGCUGCUGGAACUCCAGACCCCACUAGUAGCGAUGCUCAGAAUACUCGGAAGCGCAAAAGAACCAGUGGAAAGGCUCCUCUGAUCAAGGGCGCCCGGAUGGGCAAAUUUCAAUGUCACAUUGGGGAUUGCGUUCUGCUGAAGGCCGAAGGUUCGAAAGAAGCCUGGGUCGCGGUUGUUUGCGAGUUCAUGGAAGCAGAUGAUGGCGAAAAGGCAGCUAGCUUUAUGUGGUUUUCGACAGAAAAAGAAAUUCGCAACAAGGAGCGGAAACGGUUGGAUUCUUUGCCUAAUGAACUAUACAUAUCCCCCUCGUGGGACGUCAACCCCCUCGCUGCUAUCAACGGCAAAGCUCUGGUCUUGUCACAUCGAGACUUCUCAUCAAGAUACCCGUCAGGAAAGGUGCCACGAUCCUCGUCCGACUACGGGAAAACGUUUAUAUGCCGCCGUGCCUGCAACACAAGAACGGCGACGUACACCGACGAGUUUGAAUGGGAGGACAUUUACAAUGCCAGUGAACGGGGCGUCUACAACUUGAUUCAGUUUGUGAAAACCCAUACCAAGUCGACUCGAAGGCGCCAGUUAGCACGGGAAUCAACACCCGAGCAGCCGUAUGCAACCUCGGAUGGAGUCCAGGAUGCCGUAACACCCAGACGGACAGCCAAGUAUGAAACUUCUACACCCCGAGGAGGCAAUCGCACAGUUACCACACCGUCGUCUCGCAAACGGUAUGCAACCUCCUGUUUGCCAACCUCGCUGAAGGGCUUCUUGUUCUCUCCACUGACACUGAACGUCCGUAUUACUUCUAGAAUCAUGGUUAAGAAGACACUUGAAUUCACGCCCUUGGGCACCAGAAAGCUGUCCCUAAACCACCUGCAGUCGUCGCCUUUCCAGCUAGCCCGGUCCCAACUGCAUGUUGCCUCUGUGCCAGCAAGUUUGCCUUGCAGGGAGAGCGAGUUCCGUAUGGUGUAUUCGUAUUUGGAGGCCGCCAUCGCGGACGGUAUAGGAACUUGCAUCUACAUUGCUGGAACCCCUGGAACUGGGAAGACAGCGACGGUACGGGAAGCUAUAUCCCGCCUGGAUGAAUCCGUAAGGGCUGAUGAGCUUGACGACUUCAUCUUUGUGGAGAUCAAUGGCAUGAAGAUCACCGACCCUCACCAGUCCUACAGCCUUCUAUGGGAGGCCCUCAAGGGCGAACGUGUCAGCCCCACGCAAGCCAUAGACCUCCUGGAGAGGGAGUUCAAUAACCCCAGUCCUCGCCGCACGCCAUGUGUCGUUCUGAUGGACGAGUUGGACCAACUAGUGACGAAAAACCAAAGCGUCAUGUAUAACUUCUUCAAUUGGCCGGGCUUGCGGCACAGCCGACUCAUUGUUCUGGCUGUCGCAAAUACAAUGGAUCUACCCGAGAGAACUCUCAGCAACAAGAUUAGCAGUCGUAUAGGUUUGACAAGAAUUACAUUUCCCGGGUACAAUCAUGAACAACUCAUGAAAAUUAUCCAGUCCAGACUUGAGGGUGUGCCUGGAAAUGUUGUCGAGGCAGAUGCCAUUCAGUUCGCCAGCCGAAAGGUAGCUGCGGUAAGCGGUGAUGCCAGAAGAGCCUUGGACAUUUGCAGGCGAGCCGUUGAGCUCGCCGAGGCCGAGAGUCAGACCGAGUCUUUAGCAGCAGGCCAGAAGGGGCGGCGGCCCGUUGCGAGCAAUGGCAAGGCAUUCGUGUCGCCGGCUAAGGUCACAAUAGCAACAAUCAAGAGGGCGAUCAAUGAGGCAACCACCAACCCCACACAGCAAUAUUUGCGGACUUUACCACUCGGACCCAAGCUACUUCUCAGCUCCCUUUUGGUCAAAAUACAAAGAAACGGCACUAUCGAGACGACAUUUGGGGACGUCAUGGAUGAGUUGCAUCGCAUCGUGAAGCUAGACACAGGAGCAAUGGAUUCUGUCAUCUCAGCCCUCACAACCAAACCGCUAGGAGGCGAUGCCAGUCAGGGCAAGGAGAGCAUGCGGGUGGCUGAGGCUCUGGCUCUUAGGCAGGCGGCGAUCGAGCUGGUGAGUGCAGGCAUCAUUGUCUUGGAAGCGCACAAAGCGGAGAGACCUAGCAAGAUGCGCCUCGCUGUGGGAGAUGAAGAAAUCAAAAUGGCAUUUCGGGACGAUGGCGAAGUAAAGGCCCUGGGGCUGUACUUUUAG